CUACUCCCAGACUUCACUCGAAAUACAAUAAACAUGCAUUCUGGACUCGUUGCCAGUGUCCUCGCUAGCCUGUGUCUAUCCGUCGCUGCCCAGAAUACUUCGGCUCCCAUCGUGUAUGAUAACCCUCCAAAUGUCUACGAGCUCAUGCUGCUGGACAAGACCAAUACGACCGUGCGGGGAUACGUCAGAGCAUCGGCACCUUCAAGUGGUGUUGGAGUCAGGAUCCAUGCCGAUUUCUGGGGAUUGCCUGAUGAGGGCCCUUACCAAUACCAUAUCCACGAGUUCCCCGUGCCCCCAGAUGGCAACUGUUACAGCACCCUUGGCCACCUUGACCCUUAUCGCCGUGGCGAACAGCCUCCCUGUAAUCCCAAUCUGCCGGAAACGUGCCAGGUUGGCGACUUGAGCGGGAAACAUGGGGUGAUUUUUGUUGGCAUUGGAGAGCCUUUUGAAACAGAGUACACAGAUCUCUUUCUCUCGACGAAUCCAGAGGACCCUGCCUUCAUUGGGAACAGGUCGAUCGUUGUUCAUGCGCCAAACAGUGCGAGACUCAACUGCGGUAAUUUUGUGAAUAUCAACACUGAAACCCAUGCAAGUGAAACUCGGGAUGCUGCAUGAAAGACCAGCACUCAUCCUACAUUCAUCCUCUGCUGGCUUUAUUAUUACUCGCAAUGUCAUUCAGGUACCCUGUUUGUUAUGUGUAUAGACUAUUGGAUGAUGGUUCAUCCUUUUGUCUUGACUUAUAUGGGAUAUUCGGUUGCUGCAGUCCUUCUUUUGCAUGAGUUGAAUGUCAAGAAAUACCAUGACUGAGACCAUUCACCUGCAGAUGUGCCCACAAGACCAGGCUGCUCUUUAUCAUGUUUAUUGUUAUAACCUCACAUAUUCUCUUCUUUGUCGUUUAAGCAUUAAAUAGCCCAUCCGCUACCUCUCAAC